CUCUGUGUUUAGCGCAGCCUCCUCUCAGGCCACUCCCGGGAAGCGCGCUGCUGUUCCGCCACACGGACGCACCGACGGACGGACGGACGGACGGAGUGUCGCUCAGCGCGUUCUGCAGGUCUCUCUGGUACUCCUCACCCCCAGACCUGCUCCUCACCCCCGGACCGCCUCCUCACCCCCAGACCUGCUCCUCUCCUCCCGCAGCGGCCGAACCGGGGGUCGAGGCGGAGGCAUGUAGCCGCGGACGGAGCGCGCCGAGCGGCAUGUAGCACCUGGAGCUGCCCGCCUCCUGCUGCUUCUCCUCCCGGAGCUCCUCCGACACCAGCGUCGCCUCGCACACGGACCUACGACUGUAGUGGGAUUUUACUGGGGGAUUAGUGGACCCUAGAGGAGCUCGUCCCGCCGCCUCCCGGUCGAUGGUCGUUGGGGAAGCUUCCAUCUUGAGUCCCGUUUCUACCGACAGCACCAUGGCGAGCGACUCCCCAGCCCGGAGUCUGGACGAGAUAGACCUGUCUGCUCUACGGGACCCAGCUGGCAUUUUUGAGCUGGUCGAACUGGUUGGAAAUGGCACCUAUGGACAGGUCUACAAGGGUCGCCACGUCAAAACAGGGCAGCUCGCUGCCAUCAAGGUCAUGGACGUCACCGGAGAUGAGGAGGAGGAGAUUAAAGCCGAGAUCAACAUGCUAAAGAAGUACAGCCACCACAGGAACAUCGCCACUUACUACGGAGCCUUCGUCAAGAAGAAUCCUCCGGGGAUGGACGACCAGCUCUGGCUGGUGAUGGAGUUCUGUGGCGCCGGUUCGGUGACAGAUCUGAUCAAAAACACCAAAGGGAACUCUCUGAAGGAGGAGUGGAUCGCCUACGUCUGCAGGGAGAUCCUCAGGGGUCUGACCCACCUCCACCAGCACAAGGUCAUCCACCGAGACAUCAAGGGCCAGAACGUCCUGCUGACGGAGAACGCCGAGGUCAAGCUGGUGGACUUCGGUGUGAGCGCCCAGCUGGACCGGACGGUGGGUCGCAGGAACACCUUCAUCGGGACGCCGUACUGGAUGGCCCCGGAGGUGAUCGCCUGCGACGAGAACCCCGACGCCACGUAUGACUUCAAGAGCGAUCUGUGGUCGUUGGGAAUCACAGCCAUCGAGAUGGCCGAGGGAGCUCCACCUCUAUGCGACAUGCAUCCCAUGAGGGCGCUCUUCCUCAUCCCCAGAAAUCCUGCACCGAGGCUCAAAUCCAAGAAAUGGUCCAAGAAGUUCCAGUCGUUCAUCGAGAGCUGUCUGGUGAAGAGCCACAGCCAGCGGCCGAGCACCGAGCAGCUGCUCAAGCAUCCCUUCAUCAGAGACCUGCCCAACGAACGGCAGGUCCGCAUCCAGCUGAAGGACCACAUCGACCGCACCAAGAAGAGGAGAGGGGAGAGGGAUGAAACCGAGUACGAGUACAGCGGCAGCGAGGAGGAGGACGAGGAGAGGGACGUCGGAGAGCCCAGCUCCAUCAUCAACAUUCCCGGCGAGUCGACUUUGAGGCGGGACUUCCUGCGCCUCCAGCUGGCCAAUAAGGAGCGAUCGGAGCUGAUCCGCCGUCAGCAGCUGGAGCAGCAGCAGAACGAGGAGCACAAGCGCCAACUGCUGGCCGAGAGGCAGAAACGCAUCGAGGAGCAGAAGGAGCAGCGGCGGCGGCUGGAGGAGCAACAGCGUCGUGAGCGAGAGCUGAGGAAGCAGCAGGAGCGAGAGCAGAGGAGGAGGUACGAGGAGAUGGAGCAGCUCCGGAGGGAGGAGGAGAGGAGGCACGCCGAGAGGGAGCAGGAAUAUAUCCGUAGACAGCUGGAGGAGGAGCAGAGGCAGCUGGAGAUCCUGCAGCAGCAGCUCCUGCAGGAACAGGCCUUACUGCUGGAGUACAAGAGGAAGCAGAUCGAGGAGCAGCGGCAGGCCGAGCGUCUUCAGAGGCAGCUUCAGCAGGAACGCGCUUACCUGGUUUCUCUGCAGCAGCAGCAGCAGGAAACACCGCGACCGCCGGCCGACAAGAAGCAGCUGUACCACUACAAGGACCAGGCGCCGGGCAGCAACGACAAGCCGGCCUGGGCCAAGGAGGUGAUGCGUCGCGCUCAGAGCAACUCUCCUCGAGUCCCUCCUAAGAAGUUCCACUCCUUCAGGGAGCCUCGGGACGUCCAGCUGGACAACCUGCUGCGUCUCCCCGGCUACAAGCCCCGCCGCCGCCGCCCGCCGUCCUACCCGGCCCACGGCAGCCCGUCCAGAGAAAACCUCCACGUUCCCAGGAUCCGGGUCACCUGCGUCCCGGAACCCGACCCGUCCCAGCCGGUGUUCCGCCGGCCGAGCAGGAGCCCCGAGUCGAGGGGUCGCAGCCCCGGACGCCGGGUGGAGGAUCAUUAUAAGAUGAACAGACAGACUUCUCCUACGUUGCAGCAUAAAGUCUCCAACCGGAUCUCGGACCCGUCGCUGCCGCCGCGAUCCGAGUCCUUCAGCAGCGGAGGCAUCCAGCAGGCCAGGACUCCGCCCAUGCACCGAUCCGUAGAGCCUCAGAUGGCCCACCUGGUGCAGGUGAAGAGUCACGGCCUGUCGGGCUCCCAGUCCCUGUACGACCCCCACGGCGUGUCCUCGUCCUCCUCGGCGUCGCCCUCCCCCUCCCGGCCUCCCAUGCCCCGGCAGAACUCCGACCCCACCUCCGACACCCCUCCUCCCCCGCCCCUGUCCCGCCUGGCACCCCCCCUCGACAAGCUGGAUCGCAGCUCCUGGUUGCGGCAGGACGACGACAUGCCGCCCAAGGUUCCUCAGAGAACCACCUCCAUCUCUCCUGCUCUGGUCAGGAAGAACUCUCCUGGAAACGGGCCGGGCCUCGGUCCUCGGGCCGGAGCCCACCUGAUCCGGGCCAGCAACCCCGACCUGCGGAGGACCGACAUUUCCAUGGAGACGCCCCUGAAAAGGACGAGCAGCGGCAGCUCCUCCAGCUCCAGCACCCCCAGCUCCCAGGGAGGCUCCAACGAGAGAGGUAAUUCGGCCUCUAAGACUGAAGGUUCAACUCUUUCCUCCCACGACACCAAAGACGACAACAGAGAGCUGACCAGACCCAGCAGGCCUGCAGAUCUGACUGCUUUGGCCAAAGAGCUGAGGGAGCUGCGACAGGGCGAGGAGACGAGCCGGCCGCCGGUCAAAGUCACCGACUACUCGUCCUCCAGCGAAGAGUCCCACAGCAGCGAGGAUGAGGAGGGAGAGGGCGGAGCCAACGACGGCACGGUGGCGGUCAGCGACAUCCCACGGAUCAUGCCGGCGGCGAGUCAAAGCACCAACGAGUCGUUCGGGAUGAUGGGAGGACACAACGACUCUCAUGGAGAUUCGUACGGAAACAGCUCUCAGGACGGAACGCUGAUGAUGAGAGAGUACGGGAUGGGAGGCGGUGGAGGAUCCAAGGCUUCCUUCACGCCAUUUGUUGAUCCGAGGGUCUACGGGACUUCUCCGACCGACGACGACGAUAAUAACUCUGCCUCAGCGCUAUUUGCUGACGAGCUGCUGAAGCAGGAACAGGAGCAGGCCAGACUCAAUGAGGCCAGAAAGAUCUCUGUGGUCAACGUCAACCCAACCAACAUCCGACCGCACAGCGACACGCCUGAGAUCCGGAAAUACAAGAAACGCUUCAACUCCGAGAUCCUGUGUGCCGCUCUGUGGGGCGUGAACCUGCUGGUGGGAACCGAGAACGGCCUGAUGCUGCUGGAUCGGAGCGGUCAGGGCAAAGUUUACAACCUGAUCAACCGACGGCGCUUCCAGCAGAUGGACGUCCUGGAGGGACUCAACGUCCUGGUGACCAUCUCAGGGAAGAAGAACAAGCUGCGUGUUUACUACCUGUCCUGGCUGAGGAACAGGAUAUUACACAACGACCCUGAAGUGGAGAAGAAGCAGGGCUGGAUUACUGUUGGCGAGCUGGAGGGCUGCGUUCACUACAAAGUCGUCAAGUACGAGAGGAUUAAAUUCUUGGUGAUUGCUCUGAAGAAUUCGGUGGAAAUCUACGCCUGGGCGCCUAAACCUUACCACAAGUUCAUGGCCUUCAAGUCCUUCACUGACCUGCAGCACCGCCCCCUGCUGGUGGACCUGACCGUGGAGGAGGGCCAGAGGCUGAAGGUCAUCUACGGAUCCAGCGUCGGAUUCCACGUCAUCGAUGUCGACUCCGGAAACCCCUACGACAUCUACAUCCCCUCACAUGUAAGACUCUGUAGAACACCAAGUUUAAGACUUGGGUUAAGGUGUAGUCAGGUUAGUUUAAGGUGUAGUCAGGUUUGGUUAAGGUGUAGUCAGGUUUGGUUAAGGUGUAGUCAGGUUAGGUUAAGGUGUAGUCAGGUUAGGUUAAGGUGUUGUCAGGUUAGGUUAAGGUGUAGUCAGGUUUGUUUAAGGUGUAGUCAGGUUUGUUUAAGGUGUAGUCAGGUUUGGUUAAGGUGUAGUCAGGUUAGGUUAAGGUGUAGUCAGGUUAGGUUAAGGUGUAGUCAGGUUAGGUUAAGGUGUAGUCAGGUUAGGUUAAGGUGUAGUCAGGUUAGGUUAAGGUGUAGUCAGGUUAGGUUAAGGUGUAGUCAGGUUAGGUUAAGGUGUAGUCAGGUUAGGUUAAGGUGUAGUCAGGUUAGGUUAAGGUGUUGUCAGGUUAGGUUAAGGUGUAGUCAGGUUAGGUUAAGGUGUAGUCAGGUUUGUUUAAGGUGUAGUCAGGUUUGGUUAAGGUGUAGUCAGGUUAGUUUAAGGUGUAGUCGGGUUAGUUUAAGGCGUAAUUUGUUGAGUUUGUUAGACAACUAUAGCUGUGGUUACCGCUAGUUUAUAUCUCCAGGAACUGAAUGGAAGUCAAUGAGAAGUGAUGGAAAUUGUGUACAACUUUAAUUUGAACCAUUUUAAAGUCAAACUGUCCGACUUUAAUGAAUGAAGCAGUGAGGAAGUUAGAGAAUGAACACAUGAAUGUGUGACAGUUCCAGAAAACCAAUAAAGGCGUAAACAAAUGAAUGUGUGAAGGUGAACCAGUGGUAGGAGGGUACAGAUAGAAAAACAGGAGAGAAACACAAUGAGUGUUGGAAAUGAGCGAGUGAAUGGGUGAAUGGAUAAAUGAGUUAGUUGCUUUAAGAAUGAAUGAAUGAAUGAAUGAAUGAAUGGGGGAAAUCAUGAGUGAGUGAGUGAGUGAGUACAGAGUGUAAAUCCACCCUGUAAGAGUGAGAGAGAAUGAAUGAAUGGAUGAAUUAGUGAGUCUGAAAUGAAGACAAGUGUAUGAAGGAAUGAAUGUAGGAAGAGGUGGCUGAAUGAAUGAGUGUUUCAAUCAGGAUUAGGAUGCUGAUUGAAUGAGUGAGUGAAUGUUUAAAGGGUUUGGGGGUGACUCAGUGAAUAAUUAAAUGUUUAAGUCCAGGAUUAGGUGACUGAAUGAAUGAAUGAUUCAGAGACUGUGUGAAUGAAUGUAUGUUUAAAUGUAGGAUCUGGUGGCAAAUGAAUGAGUGAAUUAAAUGACUUGGUGAAUGAAUGACUGUUUAAAUACAGAGUUAGGUGGCUGAGUGAUCAGGUGAGUGUCAAAGGUAGAUUUGUGAGCUGAGUGAAUGAGUGAAUAGAAUGAAUGUGUGAGUGAUUUAGGGAAUGACUAAAUGUUUAAAUGUUUAGAUUGAUCAAUGAAUGAGUGAAUCGGUGAAUGAAUGAAUGAGUUUUUCAAAGCCUCAGUGAAUGAAUGAAUGCUUAAAUGUAGGAUUAGAUGAAUGAAUGAGUGAAAAAAUGAAUGAAUGAGUGAAUAGACUGGAAUAGAGUCGGUGUCCUCCUCUAACCCGGUCUGGUUACAGUCAGGGGAUGGAGACGGGGAGAAGGAGACGGUAACCACGGCAACCGCCUCACCGCGCUCUCGGCAGUCAUGAAUCACACUGUGCUCAUGUCUGUUUCCAUGGCGAUUGCGUGGCUGCGGGAGCCUCCAUUGUUGCAGCAGUUUCUUCUCUCGGGGGCGGGGGUCGGGGGGUGUCGGGCGGCCCCUAACUCCCCCUAACUGCCCCCCUGCCCCUGCCCCCUCCAACUCCC